CGAAGGGGAGGGAAGAUGGCGGCCGGCGGCAGUGGCGGCGGCAAGGCCUCCUCCUCCUCCUCGUCGUCGUCUUCUUCUUCUUCGUCGUCGUCCUCCGCUGCCGCGGGCGGCGGGGGCGGGCCGGCCUCGUCGUCGUCGUCGUCGUCCGGCCCUCUGGAGGCGUCCCUGGACAGGAAGCUGCAGGGGGUGACCAACACCAUGGAGUCCAUCCAGGGCCUGUCGUCGUGGUGCCUGGAGAACAAGCGGCACCACAGCACCAUCGUCCACCACUGGAUCAAGUGGAUGCGCAGAUCUGCCUUUCCGCAUCGGCUGAACCUUUUCUACCUGGCCAAUGAUGUCAUCCAGAACUGCAAAAGGAAAAACGCGAUUGUGUUCCGUGACACGUUUGCGGAAGUGCUCCCGGAGGCCGCCGCUCUGGUGAAAGAUCCAUCGGUCUCCAAAUCUAUAGAAAGAAUCUUUAAAAUCUGGGAAGAUAGAAAUGUGUAUCCAGAAGAAACCAUCAUGUUACUGAAAGAAGCUUUAAGUUCCACUUUCAAAGCUCAGAAGCAGCAGAAAGAAACUCAGAGCAAACAGCCAACUAAGUCAUGGAAGAAACCUCAAACCUCUACAAAUCCAAAAGCUGCACUGAAGUCCAAGAUCGUUGCAGAAUUUCGGCCGCAGUCCCUGGUUGAUGAGCUGCUCUGCUACAAGCGUUCUGAGGACCAGAUAGAGCUGAAGGAGAAGCAGCUCUCCACCAUGCGUGUCGACGUCUGCAGCACCGAGACCCUGAAGUGCUUGAAAGACAAAACAGGGGGAAAGAAAUUCUCCAAGGAGUUUGAGGAGGCGAGUGCCAAGCUGGAAGAGUUUGUCAACAGCCUGGACAAGCAGGUGAAAAGCGGCCCAUCCUUGACAGAGGUGCUCGAGAAUGCGGGGAUCUUCUAUGAAGCGCAAUACAAGGAGGUCAAGGUGGUGGCAAACGCUUACAAGACCUUUGCUAACAGAGUGAACAACCUCAAGAAGAAACUGGAUCAGCUGAAGGCGACGCUUCCUGACCCUGAAGAAUCGCCCGUCCCCUCCCCAAGCAUGGACGCCCCCUCCCCGACUGGCUCAGAGUCUCCCUUUCCUGGGAUGGGGGAGGACGACAACUCCCCUUGCCCAGGGGCAGAAAAGGAGAAGUCUCCGACUCCAGAGCCCGCAACGGACAAUCGUGACGUGGAAGACAUGGAGCUCUCCGAUGUGGAGGAGGAGGAGGAGGCCCCAAAGAUCAUUGUGGACGAACGGAAAGAGAAGCCGGCUGUUUCAACAAUGCCCCCUGCAAAGGUGGCUGAAAGCGUCCUGAAAAUGUCUCCUUCCACGACAGCUGCAGCAGCAGCAGCAGCAGUGCCACCACUGCAAGCAGCACCAGCACCACCACCAGCAGUAGUGCCACCUGCUCCAGGCGUGGCAACACUGGCUCCAAGCCCCAUCACCCCUCCGACCCCUAAGCCGGCCACCCCAGCAACACCCCUUCCUCAGUCCCCUGCCCUCGCCUUGCCGAACCUUGCCAAUGUGGAUUUGGCCAAGAUCAGCUCCAUUCUCAGCAGCCUCACCUCGGUGAUGAAGAACACAGGCGUCAGUCCUGCCUCGAGACCUUCGCCUGGCACCCCAACCAGCCCAACGACACUUAUGAGCGGUUUGAAAACCGCAGGGAUGGGCCCCCUGACUGCCCCUCCAAACCCUUUGGCCAAUAUCUUCUCCAAAGUCGAGAUCACCCCCGAAAGUAUCCUCUCGGUGCUCUCCAAGAGCCAGAGCCAGACUGCACCAGGCCUGCAAGGUCUGUCCUCGUUCCUCCAGAGUGUGGCUGGGAACACAGCCCAACCCACUGAGAUGGCAUCCCAGAGUACGUCGGCAUCGCCGGCCAACACGACGGCUUCUUCUGUAAAAGGAAGGAACAUUUCCUCAAAUACUCAGCCCUUUAUGCCCCAGAGUUUUGGCUAUUCUCCAAAUUCCUCCUCCUCGGCUGAGGUCUCUUCCACCUCGGUCAACAAGGUUGCUUCUGGGCACAGUGUGGGGCUCCCCAGUUCUAGUUUCAAGCCUCCCACCAAUUCCUUGGGGUUCUCCGGCUCCCACAAUGUCAGCCCUUCCCUUCGGCCAGCUGAGAACCCCACGAGCCAAUCCUCCGAGCUGGCGGAGGCCAAGCUCGAGUCAGAACCCCCUUCCCCGAGUCUGGAAAUGAAGAUACACAACUUCCUGAAGGGGAACCCAGGUUUCAGCGGCUUGAAUCUCAACAUCCCCAUUCUGAGCAGCCUGGGGCCUGCCGCCGCGCCCCCCGAGAGCCAGUCGUCCUCAGAUUUCAACCGUGGACCCACAAGCACCUCUAUGGACAGCAUUGAUGGGACUCCCGUCCGGGACGAGAGGAGCGGGACUCCGACUCAAGAUGAGAUGAUGGACAAGCCGUCAUCCAGCAAUGUGGACACCAUGUCGCUGCUGUCAAAGAUCAUCAGCCCCGGAUCCUCUACUCCGAGUAGCACAAGGUCACCCCUUCAGAGCCGGGAUGACAGCUACCCCCAAGAACUGUCCAACUCGGUGUACAGGUCCUUCAGCUUGAGUCGAGAUUCUCCAGCCAGCAUGUACAAGCAGUCCUCUGAUGGGAUAGAGUUGCCUUCCUCUUUAAUGGACUCCCCGCAAGAGAAGUUCUACCCAGACACCUCAUUCCAGGAGGAUGAAGAUUACCGUGACUUUGAUUACUCUGGCCCACCGCCUUCUGCUUUGGUGAACCUGGAGAAGCAGCCAGGAAAGUCAAUCCUGAAGUCCAGCAAGCUUUCUGACCCCUCUGAGUACCCAUCUGUUCUGUCGAGUUACGGUCAGCGUGCCUCCGGGUUUGGCCUGAAAUCUGCUUUUCCCCAGUCAAUGAGAGCUCUCAACGACCAGAGCGAAAGCUGCGACCCAUUGCCUUCGCCUGGAAUGUACGGAGGCUACGGUUUGCGGGGAAACGACUCUGGCUCAGACACUUCGCCUACGCCGAGCAAGAACGAUGUCUUUUUCCCACCGGAUUCCAAUCACAACAGCUUGUCCAAACCCAUGCCUCAGAAGCAGUAUCCGGAUUCCCCUCACUUGGUCCCUCAAAGGUCGCUUUUCUCCCCCCAUAAUGCACUUCUGGCCCCGGCCAGUCGACUCCCCACGAGCAACGCAGACAAGCCCGUUGUGUCUUCCAUCUCAGCCACUUCGACCAUUGAGUUCAAGAACAUGUUGAAGAACGCCUCCCGCAAGCCCUCGGACGAGAGCAAGCAUUUUGGCCAGGUUGCAAAAGGGGGCCCCAGUGACAGCACAGGCCUGUCCGGCCUUGGCCAGGUGGGGGUUCCUCCAGGGGGGGAGCAGCAGAAGCAGCAAGAGGAGCAUUACCGGAUUGAGACCAGGGUGUCAUCAUCCUGCUUAGACUUACCUGACAGCACCGAAGAGAAGGGAGCCCCCAUCGAAACGCUGGGCUACCACAAUGCCUCCAGCAGGGGCAUGCCUGGCGAGCCCAUUCAGACAGUAGAGUCCAUAAGAGUCCUUGGGAAAGGGAGCAGAGGCCACGGGCGAGAGACCCCCAGAGCAGGAUGGUUUGAGUUGAGCAGCGCAGGUAGUACCUUCGAUAACGGUCCUUCGGGUACGACGGAGAUGCCCCCCAUGGGUACCGGCGGCGGCGGCGGCAAUGGCGUGUCCGGCUUCCAGACCCAGUACAAAGACCGUGGGCCGCCGUUCCAGGAGAACGUCAACAACUUCAGACCCGGCGGCUUUGCCGCUGCCGCCUUCGACCGCCACGUUCCGCCCCCUCCCCUUGAGCACGGGGCGUCUUUCCCCAUGGACCAAAUUGGGCCGCCUCCCCCCACAGGGCCUCAGUCCCUGCCUCCAAAGGAUCUCGGCAGCCUUUUCUCUCGGGACCACUCAGUCCCCCCGCCCCGGAUGCCGUCGGUGGAUCACGCCGGCCCUUUCUCAAAGGAAGCCGCCUCCCCGCUCGGCCUGCCCCACGGCGUCCCCCCUCCCCCGCCUCCUUCCUUGGAACGCAGCGGGGUGCCGUUCCCUACCCAGCCGCCCCCUCCUCUCCCCGGGGAGCACGGCAGCGUCCCGUUCUCCAGCCCGCCGCCCCCUCCCGGGGACCUUGGACUCCCGUUCCCGGCUCCCCCUCUAGCCGCCGAGCGCCAGAGCCCCUUGGCCGUGCACCAGGGGACAAUGAAGGAGCAUUUUAGCAUGCCAUCGGGAGCAUCUCGGGACCAGCUGGGCCAGGGGCAGCGUGACCACGGCGGCCGGGUGAGAGAGAACAUGGGCCUGGGCACCCUCCCAAGAGAUCCUCUGGGCGCGGCCCUUAACAUCAGCUCCUCUGUCCCACCUCACCGGGACACCACAAACCGAGGCGGGCUGGGGAUGAGAAACCAGAGGCCGGAUUUCCGACCCAGGGAAUUGUUCUUAAACAGAGACCCCUUUAACAGCUUAAAAAGGCCUCGGCCCCCCUUCGCCAGGGGCCCUCCCUUCUUCGCACCAAAACGUCCCUUCUUCCCUCCCAGGUACUGAAUGAAGGUGUUCCAGAACUUUCUAGAGAGCGGCGGAAGUGACAUGUUCACUUUCGUUUUAUUUUUAAAAUCUUUUCUUUAAAAACAAGAACAACAAACCAGUCUGCCCCUUAAAGGGCCCCACAACUUUUUUCGUUGUCAAUUAAGGUAUGUUCUGUACUUCAAUGCAUUUAUUGCAUCCCUCCCCCCCCCCCCAAUUUUCAUUCUCUUUGCUUGUUUGGGGGGGCUUUUUAGUUGAUGGCCUAAAUUUAGAGAGUGAGUUUUGGCUUUGGCUUUCCUUUUUUGCAGAAUAAUUAAAAACCUAACCAUAAGGUGA